ACCCGCUGGUGACAGUACCGCUGCGUGUGGACCCUAGGACGUGCCCGAGCGAGCCAUGAAAGCCGUGAGCCCCGUGCGCGCCGUGAGGAGCGGCUACAAGGCGGUGUGCUGCGUGUCCGAGCAGAGCCUGGCGAUCAACCGGAGCGAGCCCGGGAGCGCGCUCUGCGACAUGAACGACUGUUACUCCAGACUCAAGGCGCUGGUGCCGAGUAUCCCGAGGAACAAGUCGGUGAGCCAGGUGGAGAUCCUGCAGCACGUCAUAGACUACAUCUUCGACCUCCAGAUCGUGCUCGAGGCGGAGGACAAGCUGCUCACGCUGCAGGCGUCGGAUCUAACGCACAACUUCUCCACAGACGACAAAAAACACUUGUGCCAUUAGACCAGCACAUCGUCACGGUGCAGCAGGGAACACAUGGCUCCACUUCGCUCCGGGCCAAAGGGCGGAGGGUGCAAAGGUAUUCGGAUAAGGAGACGAGCGAGGGAAGAAGGAGAAGAAGAAGAAGGAGGAGGAGGAGAGAAGGAAACGAGGACACAGGAGCCAGAGGGGGAGUGGUGGACCCUCUCGCCGUGAUCACACAGACUUGGAUUUUUUGGGGGGUUUUUUUUGUUUUGUUUUUUGUUUUUGGACAAUGAGUCUUUGCCAAAGCACAGGCGGGAUCGGAGAGGUCGCUGUACUGACCUGCACCUACAUUCCAGAUUUCGUGGACUCCUCACCAACCUCACCCCCCAAGCUCUUGUUAAUCUUUUAUAGAAUGAACGUUUCGCCAAAGUGUUUGCGAUCCGUCUCUGGCGUCGGAUCACCGCAAUCCAGUUUGUAAAUUACCUAUAGCUGUUCAAACAUCUUGAUUUUUUUUAAAAUUUGGUUUGAAAUCUAACGUAAAGUGCAUAUGACAGGUUAGACAAGACGUUUCACCAAGUUUACAUCAUUAAAAGUUAAGAUUUUUUAAUUUACGUCAAGUUUAAAUUGACAUUUGGCUUUUUUCCUGCACUUUUCUUACAAAUCUUCUUCCACAGCUAAAGCGAUAAUCAAUAAUCAAAUCAGAAUUACAAUAAAAAACGUAAAAAUCCGUCAUAUGCAUUUAUGUUUUUUAACAAUGUGAACUUUUUUCUCUGACGGUUCAUUUUCUAGUAACAAAUUUGGUUUAAAUCUGAUGUUUUGUAAAGAUGUCUCGUACGCGGAGGCUGUCCGAUGCUUGAGAGGAGGCUGAACUGCUUUGGCGAAACGUCCCGUCCCGUUUCUGAUUAAAUUCUGAAACGUCCGGACAGUUAUUGGACUGUUUGUGAUCACGUACUGAAACGUCUGAACUGUUUAUGAUCAAAUACGGAAAUAUCUGAACUGUUUCUGAUCACAUCCCGAAACGUCUGGACUGUUUGUAAUCAAAUACUGAAACGUCUAAACUGUUUGUGAUCAAAUACGGAAACAUCUGGACUGUUUCUGAUCACAUACUGAAACGUCUGGACUGUUUCUGAUCACAUACUGAAACAUCUAGACUGUUUCUGAUCAUAUACUGAAACAUCUGGACUGUUUUGGACUGUCUGUGAUCAAAUACUGAAACGUCUGAACUGUUUGUGAUCAAAUGCGGAAACCUCUAGACUGUUUCUGAUCACAUACUGAAACAUCUAGACUUUGUGAUCACAUACUGAAACGUCUGGACUGUUUUUGGACUGUUUCUGAUCACAUACUGAAACAUCUGGACUGUUUUGGACUGUUUCUGAUCACAUACUGAAACGUCUGGACUGUUUUGGACUGUUUCUGAUCACAUACUGAAACGUCUGGACUGUUUUUGGACUGUUUCUGAUCACAUACUGAAACAUCUGGACUGUUUUUGGACUGUUUCUGAUCGCAUACUGAAACAUCUAGACUUUGUGAUCACAUACUGAAACAUCUGGACUGUUUUUGGACUGUUUCUGAUCACAUACUGAAACGUCUGGACUGUUUUGGACUGGUUCUGAUUAAAUAUGGAAACAUCUGGACUUUCUGAUCACAUACUGAAACGUCGGAACCGUUUCUGACCACAUACUGAAACGUCCGUCCGGAUAUUUUUUGCAAUGGCGAAUCCCAACUCGACUCUCGGAUUAACUGUGACGUUUGUGGGGAGUGACGCUUUCCACAAACUCUGCUCUGGGUUUUAUAAACUCGCAUUUUAAUCAUGUUUAUGUUUUUAUGCCGAGCCGGGCUGGAACGUUUCAGCUCCCCGGCCACUGUUGCUCGUCUGUACAGGCUGUCACCUUUUUUUUUUUUUUUUUUUUUUUUCAUGUAAUAAAAAUUUGUGAUUAUUGAGAAACUUUCGGAUAAUUUUUUGUGUUCAAAUUGUUCAGAAAUAUUGAAAACCAAGCGGAAAAAUUGAGCAGAAGUGGGUCGUACUUAACGUUUACCCGAUUAAAUUUACUUUUUUAAAUAAAUUGUAUGUUUCACCAGCGUAAUUUUACUCCAGCGUUUCAGUUCUACUUUUACUCAAGUACCCAAAUACUUUUAAACUUCUACUUGAGCAGUAUUAUUUGUAUUCUAUUACUGAUGUCAUGGAAUAAACGACACUUUUAAAGAGCG